GCUGACCUCCGGGAAAUCAUAGAUGACCUGUGUGAAGUCCUGAAGCACAAAUCCUUCCGGACCUCUUCCCGCCCACUGAGGGGCUCCAAGGUGGCGAAGGUCACGUCCAUUCCAGAGUCAGGGAAACUGAGGCCCAGAUCGGCAAAGCAUUGCUGGAGAGUGUGUCCUCAGUCCACACCCCGGGAUGGCAAGGACACAUAGAGUAAGUCAAAAGUGACACAGAGGACAGACCAGGACGCCGCCUGCUGUGUGACUGGAUUGAUGGACCCUCUCUGGGCUCGGUUCCCAGUCUGUCAAGUCGCAUUUCAUGACAACAACAACAGUACCUAACUCUCAGGCUCCAUGAAGGCUGCAGAAAUGAAGUUGUUUUCUUUUCUUCCUUUUUGUUUUUACUUGAUUUUAUUUUUAUAUUUUUAGUUCUGAGUGGGGACUCUGUAUGCAUUAGUGCAGGAUCUGUCAGGAUGGAAGAGUGGGUGUCAGGUCCCUUAGAGCUGCAGUUACAGAGGUGGCUGUGAGGCGGCCUAUUUGGGUGCUGGGAACUAAACUCAGUCAUCCGCAGGAACAGCAGACCCUUUUAACUACUGCCACACCUCUCUAUCCACAGAUGUGACGAUUUGUCAUGCCCUCUCUCAACAGUAGCUGUUGCUUGUGAGUGUUAGUGAUGAUUCUCAGCAUUUUAUUUAGGGAGGCUCUUCUCAGCAUGGAUUCUUCUUUUUAAAGUAUUUGUUUUACAGAUUCUGAUCACCUUUAUUAAUUUUUUAGUUUCUUUAUGAUGUCAUAUGCUAUUCUAUAUUAUACAAGGCCAUUUUUCUUGUAAGAAAAGUAUGUGAUUUGCAUAUAUUUCCUCCCAGCUAACAAUGCUAACAAUGGGAUCAUGGCUACAAUUUCAUAUAUCUGUAUUUAGUCAGUCUCCUUCCAAUCUCUACUAUCUUUUAUUUCACACCAGACCCUCCCCAGAGAGUCUCCAAUUGCAUGUCACAUGCAUACAGCUAAUGUGAACUCUACAUGAGAAUACAUGUGCUGUAGUGUCCCCCACAUUGCUCUUCCUUGCUCAUUUUCUUUAGACCUAUCCCCCACUCUCAUACACAGUUCCCCCUCCCCCCAACACACAGAUAAACAUGGAGUUUUCCCUUUGUAGUCUGGUUUAUCUUCUCUACCAGGAGGAGUUCCAGAACCCUCUAUUUUCCUACAUAGAUGUCACUCCUUAUGUCAUCCUGCUGUCACUCUUCAGGGCUGACUAGUAUUCCACUGCACAUGUGACAGCUUGCUCCAUCCAUCCAUCCAUCCAUCCAUCCAUCCCCCUCAGUGUUGGACUCUUGCUCUGUUCAGCAUCUGGACUGCCCAGCAUGGCUCCUCUGUCCCUUGUCAUUCUCAUCCUUGUCUUUCAGGGCGGCUCCUCAGGCAAAGGCACCGCGCUCAAGGGCAGGUCGGAUGCAGACCUGGUGGUGUUCCUUAACAAUCUCACCAGCUUUGAGGAUAGGUUAAAGCGACAGGUAGAGUUCCUUAAGGAAAUUAAGAAACAGCUGUGUGAGAUUCAGCAUGAGAGCCGGUUUGGAGUGAAGUUUGAGAUCCACAGUUUAUGGAGUCCCAACUCCCGGGCUCUGAGCUUCAAGCUGAGCGCCCCCUACCUGCAGAAGGAGGUGAAGUUUGAUGUGCUUCCAGCCUGUGAUUUCCUGGGUCAUCUUAGUAUCCCCCAGAGGCCUAACCAACAAUUCUACGCCAAUCUCAUCAGUGAGUGUACCUCCCUGGAGAAGGAAGGCGAGUUCUUCACCUGCUUCCUGGAGCUCCGGCGGCACUUCCUGAACUGGCGCCCACCCAAGCUCAAGAGCCUCAUCCGCCUGGUCAAGCACUGGUACCAUCUGUGUGAGGAGAAGCUGGGUGACCCACUGCCCCCACGGUACGCCCUGGAGCUGCUCACAGUCUACACCUGGGAGCGUGGGAGUAGAGUGACAAAAUUCAACACAGCCCAGGGCUUCCGGACCGUCUUGGAACUGGUCAUCAAGUACAAGCUGCUUCGAAUCUACUGGACAGUGUUUUAUGACUUUCUACACCCAGAGGUCUCCAGCUAUCUGCGCAGACAGCUCAGAAAAGCCAGUCCUGUGAUCCUGGACCCGGCUGACCCAAGAAAGAACGUGGCUGGUUCUAACCCAAAGGGCUGGCAGCGCCUAGCAGGAGAGGCUGCUGCCUGGCUGCGGUACCCGUGCUUUAAGUACAGGGACGGUUCCCCAGUGUGCUCCUGGGAUGUGCCGGUGAGAACGUGUCACCAUCCUCUCCAUUCCGCACCCUGCCCCUCCCCCCCUUGUUCUCUCUAUCUCUGUGGAGACUAUUCUCACAGAGACGUGCUCUCCGCACUCCUGUGGAGGCCAGCAGCUCCUCAUUCACAGCCAUUUUGGUGCUGUUCACAGAUGUCAUGGGCUCACAGGAGGGCUCAGUGGGCAAAGGCGCUUGCUGCCAACACAGAGGGCCUGGGUUUGAUCCCAGGACCCCUAUGGUAGAAGGAGAGAACGAAAUCCCCAGUUAUCCUCUGACCUUCAUCUCUGCUGUUACACACAUGGACAUGAGUACAUGCAUGCACACACACACACACAUACACAUAGGCACACACAGAUCACCUCCACAC